CCUACAGUUGGUUAGAUAGAAGAAACCAAGAGUUUUGUACUCUCUGAAAUUGAAAUCAGUAAGGGACAUACCAGAGCUUAGUUUCAUUGACUUUUUUUCUCAUCUCCCAUCAGCUCUUCUUUCUCUUCUCUCGAUCCUAAAAUGAGAAUAAGCUCCUGUUACUGGUGCUUUGAUGCGUAUAGUUUUCAUAUUUCUGUUUUAUUUUUUGUGUGUAUGAUUGGCAGAGGUUUUCCAUUUUGGUUGUUGCACUAGUUUAUGGCGUUCCUAGAUGUAUUUAUUCCUGAAUGAGUAGAGUUGGGGAUUGUAUCAUGUAUUUUCUUUUUCCUAACAAUUAUUUUAUUUUUCCUUCUACUGUAUUUUGUUCCCUCGUGAAGAAGCAUACAUGUCAUAUAGGUGUGUUAUAUAUAGUUUUUUCUUGCAAGAUAGCAGUAGUUUCACUUAGUUUCCUUUUUUGUGGAAGUCCUUUUAUUUCACUUUUCUUUCUGUUGACUAUGUUGGACUCUAGACACCGGUUUAGAAACAUGCGGUUUGUAUACUUUUUUCCCUCCUAUAAUGUCCUUUCCAGGUUAAGUUUCCAUCGUCCUGUGUUUAGCUUUUUUGAGACCACAGAUUGCUCUCUUUACAGGGAAGAGACUACUGUAACAGUGAGAGAAAUCUUUCAUUCCUUCUAGACCUUAGCACAUACUUACAGUAAAGCAGUACAUCUCUUAGAGUUUUGUUUCUUCCCUAACUGGGUGGGGUAUAUAAAUGUGGUUGACUUUUUUAGUUUCUUAAGUAAAUCUGAGAAGUUGUCUUUUUCUGGUCUUGUGUUGGAGUUACCGAGAGAAUCUUGUUCUUGGCUUUGUGCUGCUGAAGAUCCUGGAGAGUUUCUCAUUCCAUUAUGAGAUUUUUUUGGAUGAAGCCAGAACAUAAUUAUUUUGGCCUUUUUAGUUAGUUAGUUUGGGUGAAAUAAAAAAUUUUACUGUUUCGAAGUCACUCAGUUCCUAAAUAGCUAGCAUUCUGUUGUUUUUCAUAUUAUGUAGUCUUUUUGAGAAUGAAUUAAAAUCAUGUGUGUGUGUGUUAUUGGAAAUUGAACUCAGGCCUUCAUAUUGAAUUGUAUCUCAGCCCUUCUAGAAAAUUUUUUUAUUUCAAGACUAAGUUUUGCGAAGUUGCCCAGGCUGGGGUUGAAUUUGGAGUCACCCUACCCAGCUUCCAGAGUGCUGAGAUUAGAAGAGUGCACCAUUAUACUAGCCUUGAGUUAUAUUUCUAAUAAUUGUUUUAUUUCUUUUAUUGGGUAUAAUUGUUAGUAUAGUCUUCCUUUUUCUUUCUACAUAGAACAAAAACACUGAAAUACAGAUCGUGCCUGCUUUUACUGUGCUAAGUUAUGGGUGGGGCAGUGGAAAGCAGUGAUUGUCUUUUGAUACAAUGUGAAACAUUUUUUAGUAAGUCAGUCAACAUUUGUGUACUGUACUUCUGCAAAGGACCGAGCUGCCUAUUUGUGAAGUAGUCUUAUGAAAAAACUUGGAAACUAAAAUAGGGGUCUCUUUGAAAAACUCAACAGUUGUUGAAAGAGGAACAGAAGUUUCUUUUGUUGGAGAAGCAGCGCUUGUACAUCAAAAUCACUGAACAACCAGAUUCUCUUUGUGGCCAGAUGGGUUUGUAUGGACAGACUUGUCCAUCUGUAACUUCAUUAAGGAUGACAUCUGAACUGGAGAGCAGCCUAACAUCUAUGGACUGGUUACCACAGCUCACCAUGAGAGCAGCCAUCCAAAAAUCUGAUGCGGCACAAAAUGCACACGGAACAGGAAUUUCUAAGAAGAAUGCACUCCUUGACCCAAAUACAACUCUAGACCAGGAAGAAGUUCAACAGCACAAAGAUGGGAAACCUCCAUAUAGUUAUGCCAGCCUCAUUACAUUUGCUAUUAAUAGCUCACCCAAAAAGAAAAUGACUUUAAGUGAGAUUUACCAGUGGAUUUGUGAUAACUUCCCAUAUUAUAGAGAGGCUGGCAGUGGUUGGAAGAAUUCCAUACGUCAUAAUCUGUCACUCAACAAAUGUUUCCUUAAAGUGCCUCGAUCCAAGGAUGACCCCGGAAAGGGAUCCUAUUGGGCAAUAGACACCAAUCCGAAGGAAGAUACGCUGCCUACUCGGCCAAAGAAGAGGGCACGCUCUGUAGAACGGGCCUCAACUCCAUAUAGCAUAGAUUCAGAUUCUUUGGGAAUGGAGUGUAUUAUUUCGGGAAGUGCCUCUCCAACUCUGGCAAUCAACACUGUGACUAACAAAGUAACAUUGUACAAUACGGAUCAGGAUGGUAGUGAUAGCCCACGCAGUAGCCUUAACAACAGUCUCUCAGACCAGAGUUUGGCAUCUGUUAAUUUGAACAGUGUUGGAAGUGUGCAUAGUUACACACCGGUGACAAACCAUCCAGAACCAGUCUCUCAGUCAUUAACUCCUCAGCAGCAGCCACAGUAUAACCUUCCAGACAAGCAACUACUUUUCUCAGAAUAUAAUUUUGAAGAUCUUAGUGCCUCAUUUCGGAGCCUUUACAAGUCAGUUUUUGAGCAGUCACUUAGUCAACAAGGUUUGAUGAACAUCCCUUCUGAAUCUUCCCAGCAGUCCCACAGUUCAUGUUCCUACCAGCACUCUCCUAGCAGCACAGUGAGCUCUCAUCCGCACAGCAACCAAAGUACCCUGUCCAACAGUCACGGUAGUGGCCUCAACACUACAGGCAGUAAUUCGGUCACACAAGUCUCUCUGUCCCAUACUCAGAUGCACACACAGCCGUCUCCACACACACCCCACCGACCGCAUGGUUUACCACCACAUCCACAGCGUCCUCAGCACCCAGCCCCUCACCCACAGCAACACAGCCAGCUCCAGUCACCUCCCCCUCAACACCCCUCUCCACAUCAGCACAUACAGCACCAUCCGAACCAUCAGCAUCAGACGCUGACACACCAGGCACCUCCACAACAGGUAUCCUGUAAUUCUGGUGUUUCAAAUGAUUGGUAUGCCACACUUGAUAUGCUAAAAGAAAGCUGUAGAAUUGCCAGCAGUGUUAAUUGGUCAGAUGUAGACCUUUCCCAGUUCCAAGGUCUGAUGGAGAGUAUGAGACAGGCAGAUCUCAAGAACUGGUCUUUAGAUCAGGUUCAGUUUGCUGAUCUCUGUUCUUCCCUUAAUCAGUUCUUUACACAAACUGGCCUUAUCCACUCACAGAGUAAUGUUCAGCAAAAUGUUUGUCAUGGUGCCAUGCAUCCAGCAAAGCCUUCCCAACACAUUGGAACAGGAAAUUUGUACAUAGACUCCAGGCAAAAUCUCCCUCCUUCUGUGAUGCCACCCCCUGGUUAUCCUCAUAUCCCACAGGCACUUAGCACUCCAGGAACAGCUAUGGCAGGCCAUCACGGAACUAUGAACCAGCAGCACAUGAUGCCUUCCCAAGCCUUCCAGAUGCGGCGCUCUCUGCCCCCAGAUGACAUCCAGGAUGACUUUGAUUGGGAUUCAAUUGUGUAGGGUUUGUUUCUGCAAAGCUUGGACCCCAGCAUCACUUCUCUGCAGUGAAGGGAAAGGUUUAAGAGAAUCCAGUUGAGAAAACAAGGUUUCCAAUCGCUUACCAAUGUUAUCAAAAAUUCUUUUGAAGACAAUCAAAAUGAUUUUAGCUGGAUAACUUAAUUGCUUUUAUCUGACCCAAACAAGUACUACAUGUUUGUCUCCCUGCAAACUGCCCUAUGUAGCUCCUAACUGUUGUGUGAUUUGGACAGCUUUUUGCAUAUUUGUGUCAGUUUGAUGUUAACCACAAGUGCCAGACUGAUUUUUUUCAGGCAGAGCCUAUUUUGCUGCAAGCAGUUUAUAGAUACACAUGUGUAAAUAUAUGUACAAAAAUUACUGAAAAGCUUCAGUUUUUCUAAUUGGAUUAUUAUGUAUUGAGAGUAAAGUUACUGUCAGUUUUUAUUCCUUGUUGGGCUAUUUUCUGCAGGAUGGUUUUCACUAAGGUAGGGAACUAAAAGGGAAUAGAUUUCUCCAAAGCCCAGUUUCUCUUAUUUAAUCUUUUUCAGAAAUGUGGGUAAUAACAAAUUCUAUUCAGUAAUUCAAGAAACCAAGAGCUUGAUGCUCUCCAAAUAAUCCAGAGGAGCAUGUUGCUCUUGAGCAACAUGAAGAACUGACCAAAAUUGUUUUAAUGUUGGGGGCGGGGUAUAGAGUAUAUGUUGUAUCUUGUUGAUGUCUGUUUCCUAAGUCUGCAUUGUAACAGCUCUGAAAUUUGAUUAGAGGCUAGGCGUUGCUUGGGUCUUUAAGCAAAUCAGUGCCUCUACAUUCACUUACAUAUUUAUUUUUCAACAGUGUUUUUUAAUAUUUAUUGCCACCUUUGUGAAUGCUCAGCUUUUAUUGGGUUUGCUAACACGAAAUAUGGUGUCUGAAAGCACAGAAUUAUUUUUCUUGGUAAGAGUUUACAGAUGAGACAAUCAGAGGGACAGUCAUCAUUCUCUAACACCACUCCUUUACGUUUCUUUAUCUUAGCAUUCCUGCUGGUUGAGACUUAAUAGCUAAGUUAGACUUUUCUGGAAUUUGAAUCAGAGUCCAUUUGGGUAAGAGAAUGGCAGGGCAGGGUUUAUGCAGCAAUAUUCACCACUCAUUUUCUUUCCAUUUAGGAAGCACUGACAGCAGGUAGGGCUACAAACAGAGUUUAUUUGCCUCAGUAUUUAGUACAGUUAUAAAGUGGUUACUGCUGUUACUGUGUCCCGUGUGCACCUGAAAUUGUAUCACUUUCUUUGAAAGGAAGCUCUUCUUUUAGAGAUUUUUAAUUGUUCUGUUUCAUAUCUUAUCACAGUUCCUUUUUAUAGAUUAUCUGAGUUUUACAAUGGAGCUAGAAGAAAUAAGAUUUUUUUUCCCCUAAUGAAUAGGUUUUGAAUUGAUUCUUUAGCAUGCCCCCCCCCCCACACACACACACACCGUCCUUUCAGUUUAAAUGGGGGAAAGGGUUCCAUCAAAUUGAGGAAUAACUGCUCACUGGUUGCUGUUUUAGCAUCUCUGAUCUCUAUCAACCAUGCUGUCACUUUAAUUAGCCUUAGUGUUGUUUGAGUGAUCUCUACUUGAAAUAAAGUUUUGUUUCUCUCUAUAUGUAUGUUUGGGGAGGGGAGAGUGUUGAGUGUGUGUGAACAUAUGUUUGUUGGUUGGUUGGUGGUGUUUUUUUGUUUGUUGUUUUUUGUUUUUUUUAUUGGAGUGUUGCCUUCAAUGAAUUACUGGGAAGCCAGCCAUUCUAAGGGAUGGUGAGGUUGGAGAAGAAGAGCUCUGUGUUUCUCUGUUGUUUGGACCCUAUUUGGCAUGAAAAAGGAAACUCAGUUCCAGGCCCUUGGAUCAGUGAAUAUCAGAGGAUUCUGGAAAGGCAACCAACGGGCCCCUCUUAGAAGGAUCAAGGCAAGAGGAGAUUGCAGCCUGCAGAGUAAAAGCUUGGAAAAAGGAGAUGAUUUUCAGUAGUCUACUAGAGUCACUGUUUUCUAGACACCAAAAUAGCUGUUUUGAAACUGUAUGAAUUGCUUGGAUAGCAAUGUGCACUUUAAACAAUUUGGGUAUUGGAAUGCAGCCUCUUAAACUGAAUGGUUUAGGUAGAACCACUGACUGUGAUUUUACAAAUUAUGUGAAGCUGUUUUCCCAUUUGGCAAUCAUUUAAUGAUUUUCAGUGGUCAAUAUGAGUAUUUAAACUUACAAGAAUGACCCGGGAGGCAAAGUCUCCACCCAUACGUGUCCCACUCUGCUGUGUGUGAUACAAGAGACCCAGGGGCCCAGGACAGGUCUUUUCUAGGAGCUGUGGCCCAACAGGGCUACCUGGUGAGGUGUAGAAUGCCCCUAGCGGCCAUUCCUGUUGGUAAUUGUUAAUGCAGAGUUCUGUCUUGGAUUUAAAUUAAAGACUUGGGGGAAACAAUAAUAAAUGCCUGUAAUCAAACAGGGACACUCUGUCCAGGAGAAUAAUCCGACUGGCAUUUGUGGCAGUUUUUGAAAUGUAAAUGUAUUCACGUGUGUUCUUGUAAAUAUGUGUCUCUCAAAUGUCCUUUGAAGUGGGAGGGAAUCAAUCUGGGGAUAAUUUCAAAUGGAAUAGAGUAUUUUGAUAUUGUUCAUUCAGAGGGUGAUGUGUACAUAUCUAUAUUGUAUAUAUGUGAUGAAAAUGCAUUGGCUUUUUGUGCAAACACAACCUGCUUUCUGUACUGAUGUUGGACAGUCAGUGUUUUAAUGUUUCUACAGUUUUGCUAUUGCACGAUUUCAUAUUCUGCCUCUAUGAUGACCGAUACCCAUUCUUUGUAACUGUUUAGUGCUGUAAAGAAAUAUUCCAAGUGUCAUUAGGAUUGUUGCUGCCAGACCUAAUAUGCAUGAAUGGCACUUAAAAUAAAUAUGUUAACUCUA